GAUACUAUAAACCUGCAAUAAGUGGCAAUGUCAAGGGUUCCCACCCCACCUCCUCCUGGGGAGAUGUCCAGUGGACCUGUGGCUGAAAGCUGGUGUUACACACAGGUUAAAGUAGUAAAAUUUUCCUACAUGUGGACCAUUAAUAACUUCAGUUUUUGCCGCGAAGAAAUGGGUGAAGUUUUAAAGAGUUCUACCUUUUCAUCAGGGCCAAAUGACAAAAUGAAGUGGUGCCUGAGAGUGAAUCCAAAGGGAUUAGAUGAUGAAAGCAAAGACUACCUGUCAUUAUAUUUGCUUUUAGUCAGUUGUCCAAAAAGUGAAGUCAGAGCAAAAUUCAAAUUUUCCCUGCUGAAUGCUAAAAGAGAAGAAACAAAAGCAAUGGAAAGCCAAAGAGCAUAUCGAUUUGUGCAAGGCAAGGACUGGGGUUUUAAGAAAUUUAUCCGAAGAGAUUUUUUACUAGAUGAAGCUAAUGGUCUUCUACCAGAUGACAAGCUUACAUUAUUUUGUGAGGUAAGCGUGGUCCAAGACUCAGUAAAUAUAUCAGGACAGUCUAAUACAAACACUUUGAAGGUACCUGAAUGUCGACUAGCAGAAGAUUUAGGGAAUCUCUGGGAAACAACAAGAUUUACAGAUUGCAGUUUUUAUGUAGGAGGACAAGAAUUCAAAGCUCAUAAAUCUGUCCUUGCAGCACGAUCUCCAGUUUUUAAUGCAAUGUUUGAACAUGAAAUGGAGGAAAGCAAAAAGAAUCGUGUAGAAAUAAAUGAUGUAGACCCUGAAGUUUUUAAAGAAAUGAUGAGAUUCAUUUACACAGGAAAAGCACCAAACCUUGAAAAAAUGGCCGACAACUUGUUGGCAGCUGCAGACAAAUAUGCACUGGAACGGCUGAAGGUCAUGUGUGAGGAAGCACUCUGUAGUAACCUCUCGGUAGAAAAUGUUGCUGACAUUCUUAUCCUCGCAGAUUUGCACAGCGCUGAACAGUUAAAAGCACAAGCAAUAGACUUUAUUAACAGGUGCAGUGUUCUUAGACAACUUGGGUGUAAAGAUGGGAAAAACUGGAAUAGCAACCAAGCAACAGACAUAAUGGAAACAGCAGGCUGGAAGUCCAUGAUCCACUCCCACCCUCACUUAGUAGCAGAGGCCUUUCGCGCACUAGCAUCUGCACAGUGUCCACAGUUUGGCAUUCCACGCAAACGGCUAAAACAGUCAUGAAAUCUUCCAUGAACUUUAGAGAAAUUGAAUUGACUCUACUCCUCCAUGUCCAGAGGUGUUUUCACAAACCAUAACAAGAGUUUUUGUUAUCCUUGUCCACAGAACAGAAGCUGAAAAAGCCUAUUGUUUGC